AUGCCGGCGGAUCACCAAUCCCUCAAAUACCGCGUCUGGCGGCUGGUCGUAUCUACUCCAUUCGAAUAUUACAUAAUGGUAAUGAUUGCCAUCAACACCCUCAUCUUGAUGAUGAAAUAUCAUCGACAUGAACACAAGUCUUUCAUUGGGCCUACCAUGGACACGGAGCAACAAGUCUAUCACAAUUACUGCAAUACACUAUUGUAUUUCAAUUCCGCAUUUACCGUAAUGUUCUCCAUCGAGUGUAUGCUCAAGAUAACAGCAUUUGGACCAAAAAACUACUUUCGGGACCGCUGGAAUAUUUUUGACUUUAUUACUGUAAUUGGUAGCAUUACAGAUGUUUUGGUUUCAGAACUGCAGGAAUCAGCUUUUCUCAGUCUCGGUUUCUUACGACUGUUUCGAGCUGCCAGGCUCAUCAAAUUACUCCGUCAGGGCUACAGUAUACGUAUCAUAUUCUGGACUUUUAUUCAAUCAAUCAAAGCACUUCCAUAUGUUUGUCUAUUGAUAGCAAUAUUAUUUUUUAUCUCCUGCAUCAUUGGCAUGCAAGUGUUCGGUAAUAUUCGUACGGAUCCAUUUUCCCAGCUGAACUACCACAACAACUUCAAGACAUUUGGAAAUGGUUUGACACUGUUAUUCAGAAGUGCGACUGGUGAGAACUGGCAAGAGAUCAUGUUGGACUGCACCGCAGGUAAAGAAUGUGAAGGUUCCGGCGAUUCCUGUGGGAGCUCAUUCACCUACCCAUAUUUUGUGGUGUUCAAUUUUCUAUGCACCUUCCUCAUGCUAAACUUGUUCGUCGCCGUGAUUAUGAACAAUUUCGACUAUUUGACCCGAGAUUCAUCCAUUUUGGGUCCGCAUCACUUGGACGAAUUUGUCCGCGUGUGGGCCGAGUAUGAUCCGGGCGCGCGGUCAACGACGACGCUCUGGCACACGGGAGGCAGCGCAUCAGCAAAAAAUCUGAACACCAUAAAGUCUCUUCGUGUGCUCAGAGUUCUCCGGCCUUUGAAAACAAUCAACCGAGUACCAAAGUUGAAGGCUGUCUUCGAUUGUGUGGUCAGUUCACUGAAAAAUGUGUUCAACAUUCUCAUCGUCUACUGGUUGUUCCAAUUCAUAUUCGCGGUGAUAGCUGUCCAACUCUUCCAGGGCAAAUUCUUCUACUGCAAUGACGUCUCAAAGAUGACUCGUGAGCAGUGUCAAGGUCAAUUUUUCGAGUAUAAUGGCCGUGGGGAAAUCACAGUACAGAACCGUACGUGGAAGACUAGAGAUUUCAAUUACGACAACGUGAUCAACGCAAUGCUCACAUUGUUCACUGUGACCACUGGGGAAGGCUGGCCUUCGGUGUUGAAAAAUUCCAUCGAUUCAACCUACGCGGACCACGGACCUCGAACGGAUUUCCGGCAAGAAAUGGCUAUUUUCUAUGUUAUAUUCUUCAUCGUCUUUCCGUUCUUCUUCGUCAACAUCUUCGUUGCCUUGAUUAUUAUCACGUUUCAAAAGCAAGGGGAGAACGAACUUAUCGAGCUGGAACUCGAUAAAAAUCAGUCGAUAUCUUGCUCUGCAAGGCGAGUUGCCAUCAAGAAAAUAUGCCAGGUGGUUCUAAAGGAAGGGGUGAUUGCUUGCUAUUAA